AUGAGCAGGCAAAGCUUCAGCGUGCGGGCAGGGGCCGGGGGCAGGUCCUACAGCACCGCCUCGGCCGUCGGCCCCGGCGGCAGCAGGGCUGGCUUCAGCUCCCUGACCGUGGCGCGGGCCGGGGGCGGCUUCGGGAGGCUCAUCGCGGGAGGAGGAGGUGGUGGUGGUGCCGGGGGUGGCUUCGGCAGCAGGAGCCUCUACAACCUCGGGGGCAGCAAGAGGAUAUCCUUCGGGGUGGGCAGCAGCUUCCGCGCCGCCUUCGGGAGCGGAGCCGCCUCCGGGCUGGGAGCGGGAGGUGGCGGCUGCGGGAUCGGCGCGGGGGGAGCUGCCGGCACCCUCGGGCUCGGUCUGGGUGGUGGAGGUGCUGGGGGGCUCGGUCUGGGUGGUGGAGGUGCUGGGGGGCUCGGCUUCGGUGGAGGCGCCGGGGGGCUCGGCUUCGGCAGCGGCCCCGGCGGCGGCGCAGGCUUUGGCUUCGGGGGGCUGGGAGGCUUCGGCGGGGGGCUGAGCGCCAGCAGGAGCCCGGCAGGGCUUGGGGGCAGCCCCCACGGGGUUGGUACCAUCCAAGAGGUGACCGUCAACCAGAGCCUCCUGGCCCCACUCAACCUGGAGAUCGAUCCAAGCAUCCAGCAGGUGCGGAAGGAUGAGAAGGAGCAGAUCAAGAGCCUCAACAACAAGUUUGCCUCCUUCAUUGACAAGGUUCGCUUCCUGGAGCAGCAGAACAAAGUGCUGGAGACCAAAUGGACCCUGCUGCAGGAGCAGGGGCAGAAGAACACCGCAGGCAAGAGCAGCCUGGACCCCCUCUUCGAGGCUUACAUCAGCAACCUGAGGAGGCAGCUGGGCAACCUGCUGAGCGAGCGGGGACGCAUGGACGGCGAGCUCAAGAACAUGCAGGACCUGGUGGAGGACUUCAAGAACAAGUACGAGGAGGAAAUCAACCGGCGCACGGCAGCGGAGAACGAGUUUGUGGUGCUGAAGAAGGACGUGGACGCUGCCUACAUGAGCAAGGUGGAGCUGGAGGCCAAGGUGGAUGCCCUGACCGACGAGCUCAGCUUCCUCCGAGCCCUCUACGACGCGGAGCUGGCUCAGCUCAGUGCCCAGGUGUCAGACACUGCUGUCAUCCUCUCCAUGGACAACAACCGGGAGCUGGACCUCAGCAGCAUCAUCGCCGAGGUCAAAGCUCAGUACGAGGACAUCGCCAACAGGAGCAGGGCUGAGGCCGAGGCCUGGUACCAAACCAAGUUCGAGGAGCUGCAGGCCACGGCGGGCAGGCACGGGGACGACCUCCGCAGCACCAAGGGGGAGAUCUCGGAGCUCAGUCGCCUGAUCCAGAGGCUGCGCUCCGAGAUCGAGAACGCCAGGAACCAGUGUGCCACCCUCCAGACUGCCAUCAGCGACUCGGAGGAGCGCGGGGAGCUGGCCCUCAAGGAUGCCAAGGCCAAGAUGAUUGAGCUGGAGGAUGCCCUGCAGAAAGCCAAAGCUGACAUGGCCAGGCAGCUGAGGGAGUACCAGGAGCUGAUGAAUGUCAAGCUGGCCCUGGACAUCGAGAUUGCAACCUACAGGAAGCUGCUGGAGGGGGAGGAGAGCAGGUGA